GUUUUCCUAGGAAACUUCCCUGAGAAACUGUAUUUUUAGUAUGCCUUAUAAAGGAAUUUAUGUAAACAGAUAUAUUUAGUACAAGCAAACUGUAUGUAGACCAAGAAGAGAUGCUUUUAUACACUUCCCAUAAUAACCUGUUGGAUCUGGAGGUCAGAUCUCCGAGUAAAACCAGAAACUCCACGUCAGUUCAUCGUAGUACAGGAUAAUUACUUUACCUUAUUUAAACUUCAUUCUUGCCUGACUGCUGUUGCUGACUUCUAUAUACUUAACGGAACUUAAAGAACUGGAAUGGAACUUAAUGGACCACUUUAAGUAGUCCUUCUGUACUGAACUUUUGUGCUAAAGAGUUAAACUGAGAAGCAUGUUGUUUGCAAAAUCAUAAAAAUCAAUCCCUUUGAAAGACCCUUGGGAAGUCAUGUAGUUUUAAUAAACAAAUGAAUAAAUAAAUUGCUCCUCCUUAUUUUCCAACUAAGUUUUUGAGGCACGUGUCUGACGUUGCGUGACUGAGAUGUGGGGCUUAGGAAAGCAUCUUGGUUUGGGAACUUGCUUGGUCAUGUCCUGUACCUGAGUGAAGGCAUGUUUGGACAUGCACCACUCGAUCGUGUUUCUGGGAAAGGGUGAUGUGCACAUACUUAAUUUUGCUUUGGAUUUGGACCUAAAUUAUCUUCUGAGGUCUUUCCAGACCACCCUGUGUUACAGCCAUAACUUAAUAUUUGGAAAUACUUGUUUUAAAAGCAACCCAGCCUUUCAAAAGGACCCUGCCAACAUAUUUCUUGUAACAUGGAACAAAUCUUGGAACAGAUUGAAAUGUGAGGAACAAAUAGUCUGCCUAAAUUGUUUUUUCAGAGCUGGGUCUUAUUGUUGUUUUUGAGAUAAGUGUAUACUAUUGUCAUGAAUGUCUGUGUAUACACUGACUUUGUUUACAACAGGACUUAUAAAAUGUCAACAAUUUAAAUAAUUUAAACUACUAAGGAAGUUUUAAAAUGUUACUGGAAUUGAAACAUGAAUAUUCUAAAAGGCCCUAGGAGUUACAGUCAAAGCAUUUUAUAUUUUUUUCCACAUGACUGUUUAAAAUUGAGAUCUACAAUAUGGAAUAAAACCGCCUUGAGAAUUAACUUCUGUCCAGCAGUACCUUUUUAAAUACCGAAUUUGGGUCUCCCAUUUUAACAUUGCCUCUCGUUCAGUACCAAAGAGAGGUAAAACAGGCACCAGUCGCGUAACUUCCUUUAUAUAAACUCAUCUGUUUUGAAUAAUUAACAUACUGGAAAUGUAAGAUGAGUCUGUGAGUUAAGCUCCUUUACGUAUACAACUUCUGAAUGUGUGAAAAUAGGGGUGAACGUGGUAGAAGGAGGAAGAGAAAGGCUGCGGUGGUAGGAAAGGGCAGGGACUCUCCUCCUGAUACUUUUCCAUCAGUUGCUGAGAAGUUGCAUUUUAUCGUUGCUACAGUAAAAGUUACUAUUUGUUUUUUAUUUUGUUUACGUUUAAGUUAUUGGCAAAAACUAAGCUUUUAUUAUGUGAAGAGAAAGAAGCAGGAAAUGGCAGUGGAUGAGGUGAAGCUGUAUGUGACAGCGGGUGGGUUAUUUGGGGACUGUGGUGUGCGAUGCAGGAGCCUGCAAACCACGCUGAGGCUGUGCCGCUGACAGAGCGAUCUCGAGUUCUGUGCCGUGGCCACCCCUAUUUCUGCACGUCGACUUCUGUUUGCAGAAUUCACUGGGGUUUUGGAACCCUUGUUGCGAUUGGGGUUAGCCUCUUUGCGGUGGUUGUAAUCACUAUUAUCCUGUGCCUCACCUGUUCAUGUUGCUGUUUGUAUAAAGCAUGUCGAAGACCACAGCCUGUUGUGACUACCACUACUGCCACCACGGUGGUUCAUGCUCCCUAUCCCCAACAACCAGCAGUGCCGGCGGGCUACCCAGCAGCACCAUAUCAAGGCUAUCAGCCUGUGGCUGUCCAGCCGCAACCUGGAAUGCCGAUAGCACCCUACCCUACACAGUAUCCCCCCCCUUACCCCACGCAGCCAGCUGGACCCCCAGCUUAUCAUGAAACAGUGGCAGUUGGUGCUGGAGCACCUUACCCAGUCAGCCAGCCCCCUUACAACCCUGCUUACAUGGAUCCUCAGAAGCCCAUCUAUUGAACAGAUCUGCUACUAUGCUUCUGUAUACAAAACUUUUUAAAAAUAUAAUUUGUGCUGUUUACAUCAUGUAGUAUAUUUUCCUGGAAGACAACAAUAUUUUGUCCAAGUAAAGUGAGAGCUAAUUCAGUAUCCUUUUUUAAUGUUUUGAGUACAAGGAAGGAGUAUUUUCUUGCAGAAAUUAUUCACGUAUACCUCAAGCAAACACAAAAAGGGAUUUUGUUCAAAAUACAGUGAGAAAAGUGUGAAGGAGUGCUUCAGAAAUAAGAAUGAUCAUAACAUUUGCUGUGCAAUAAUGGGUGGAAAGGAAUGAUCUAAUAUGAUGUUUUCAAACACCCGAAGCUGUAGCAAUCUUUUGCACAGUGCUAAAACAUAAGAAUUUAAUCCCUAAGAAACUUGAUGAUAUAUGUUUUGCCUGUUUUGAAGUUACUGUCAUUAUGUAAGCUACAUUGUAAUACACUUCAUUUAUGGUUUAAAAGGGAAUUUUUCUUUUUUGAAACAUUUGCAUUCUGUAAGGGAUAAUGAACCAUGUUUAAUUGUCUUUGUAGUAGUUGCAUUUUUUCUCUGCUAAAUAGCAUGAGUUGGUUAUUUUCUUGUUUUAUUUUCCAGCUUUAAGACUUAAAAGCUGUAACUUUAUUGGCUGUCUCAGGCUAUUUUAUUCAUAGUUAGAAAUCAGUAACAGAAACAAACCCCCUUCCACGCACUACAACAAGCAGAGCAAAAGCUGAAAACCUUCUGCAUAAAAUUAUUGGAUGAGUACUUGGUUUGUGUAAUAGCUGUGUGUCAUUGGUUAGUUUGAAAAAACAAAUCAUCACCUUAGUCAUACGUUAAGUGGAAGUCACUGACAGUAUUCAGUCCUGGUUGAUCAUAGGGGAAGUAAUUGACUUUAUAGGAGAUGUGCAAUACGGAAAUAGAUUUAUAUUUUUUAAAUUUUUAGGGUUUGGCCCUGGCUGUAGCAGGAACCUUGUAGUGAUGUUGUAUCUUUAUAAACUAAGACUGUAUUUGAGAAAUAAUAUUGGAGGGGAAUAAGAAAUACCAACCUGACAUGCAGCAGAGGUUAAAUCUCCCUUCCAUCUUCAGCAUUCCCAUUAGACUGAAUAGAGAGCAAGAAGCCAGAAGGAGGUGUAGAAGGAUUUGGUCACAGAGAGGUAAUGCAUUUCCAACACCAUGCUUGUAGUCAUGGAGACAUCUUACGACGCCUUUGUGACUAUUACCAAUAUUUGCAAGACUAUUGUAUCAGUCACUGUGACAUAGUUCGUGGAUAAUAUUGACACAUCUUGUAUACUGAGAUACUUGUAUAUAUUACUUACUGAGAGGCUGCUAAGCCACCUGUCCUGGGAUUCCACAUUUGGCAUAUAUUACUGCUUGGAACACAUUGAUCUUAUAACUGAUAGUAUUGUUUUACCUUGUAUACCUGUGCAGAUGGAUGGAUAGAAACUGUUGCUGUCCAAGGCAGCCUUAUUUAUUUUUCUUAACGUUUUUUUAGUCCAUUUCUAGGUUUUUCUAGUUCUUGUUUAAGAAAAUCUUAUGGGCAUUUCAGAAAAAAAAAGUUUCUUUAGCAUUGUGAUUCGUGACAACCUAUGCACCUCUGUUACGCCUCUCUGAGCAGAGUGUUCGAGUUAACAGCAUGAAAUGGUGCUGAGAGGCUCUCACAAAGCAGGAAUGCACUAUGUCUUUGUGAUCCUCCUCUUCCCUGUCUUGCAGGCCAGGAAUUGGGCAGUGCUUCAUGACACUACUAAGAGUUGUGUGGCAACAACCAAAAAUGGACAGUGUCCACUAUUGAAGAGUUUCCCUAGAAAUCCUGAAUAUUUGUGCCGAAGGUCACUAAAGUAGUGCAGAAGUCAUCCUUUUUGUAUAGAUCCUACUUGGACACAUUACACCUGUAGAAGGAGAGCAAAAACCAUCCUGGCAAUUCUGUUCGCCAGUCUGUAGGUGGAAUCUGGCCAGCAAGCGCAGGUACCAGGCAGUUCUCGGAGCACAGGUAGGAUUUUCUAGUGUUUGUGUUAAUGAGGUUGUUACUCUGCACCUCUGUUUCUUUCCAACAUCUGAGGUGACAAAACAUGCAGUUUGUGGUGGUGUCAGUAGGGUUGUAUUUUGGAUAUAAAAGGAAAGUCUGCAGUUUCAUGAGGAGAAGUCUGUCAUCUGUUAUCCCUAAGAGAAAAAGCCCACAUAGAGCAGGUAGCAGGAAAGUAAAGUGGUGGCAACAGAAGCCUCAAAUCUGAAGUUUUACUGAAAUUUUAGGGUAGAGACGAGAUAGUACGCAGAGAUGUUCAGGGUGAUUUAGGAGAGCUGGGAGGAGAUGUGGUAUCCUGAGAGGUAGAUUCAAGAAGCCUGUUAAUUUACACCUUUCCUUCAGUAGUAUAGGAUAAUGCUAGCUAUAUUCAAGUAAGACUUGAAUCUGUAGUACACGAAGAAUGUAUUAACUACUUCAGUUACAAAACUGGUUGAAAGAAGAGAAAAUAGUCUUUUUUCCUCACUUCUUAAUUGGAGCAUUUAGCCAGAUCUUUUCUUACUGUUAGCAUAUUAACCAUCAUCAGCAAUAAGACACAGGACCAAAUUUUGUUCAGUUAUUCCCAUGCAAACCCAUUGAAACCUGUUUUCGUGUAGUUAAGUGAAUGGGAUGGUUAUAGAAGAGAAGUUGGUCCAUGAAGUUUACAUUGCAUUACUGAUGUGUCAUUCCAAACAGCUAAUUCCUUCAUUUCAAACUAGUUAGCCACAGUGCUGCAGGGGAGGGAGAAUGGAAUUUACAUUUUAAAUGCUGGAAGAGUAUAUGUUUUUUUUUUUUUUUUUUUUUUUUUUUUUUUUUUUUAAUUUUGUAAGUGCCUUUGUUUCAGAAACAUCUUGGGAAAUUAAAUACUAUAGAAUAUUCUGUUGUACUAAAUUUAGAUAAUCACUGUUGACUUUAUUACAUACUGUAACCUAGCUUUGUAUGGUGUUUGUAGUUUAAAGUGUAAGUAUUCAAAAGAAAUGGCAUAAACUCUUAUGCACCUUUGUAAUAAAUGCUGUGUUUGAAGUA